UAUAUAUAUGUAUUAAUAUUAAAAUGUUGUAAGUUUUACCCACCUAGUAUUGUCCGUAUAAAAAUGUGUUGGCUUAAUAAUUACAAUGUUAUCGCCACCUGAAUAAUUAACUGAAGAACCAGUCGAGCAGUGUCUCUAUUUUAAAACUCCCAACAGUUUUAUGUUAAAUUUAAUUACUUAAAAAUGGAAGAUAAUCCGAGCUUGCAUAAAGUUGAAGUUGGAUUUUAUUUUGUAACUUGUGUUUGUGGAAUUUUUUACUCUACGUACCAACUUUAUUUAGCUGGAUCAUUUUUCGAUUAUUUUGAUGAUAUUCACGAUGAUUUUUCAACGGGCUGGAGUUGGAUAGGUCGCAAGAAAGACGUUUCAGAUCAUGAAUGGGCAGCGAUGGUUCCAUUUCUUAGAAUAUUUAUCCCAUGGGUAAUAUUACAUUUGUUGAUCAGCAAUUUCAUCAAAUAUCUACAACUAAAUCGGACGGUUGAUCUGAGUAUAUUAUGUUGCUGGUAUAUUACAAUAAGCCUCGCAUUUCUCUGGACGUACAUUGGAGUCCCUGGAGUGAUUUUCAUGCUGAUCCAGCCUUGCAUAGUUUGUCUGCUAAUAUCCAUCAGAAAUCUUCCUUUAAUUUACUUCGCUGAACUGGGUCUGGUAUUUUUAUACCACUACAAACCACUGAUGAGCCUGGUCCGUGAGGACUGGCUCCAAAUGGACUCUAAUUGGGAUUAUUUACUGACUGUUUCAACUUUCUGGGUCCAAUUACGCAGUACUAGCUGCGCUAUUGACAAUGUGAAGAUCUACAGGCAUAAAAGCCUCCAAGGAUUUUUAAAAAAUUUUAUCGAAACGACUGCGUACUGCCUGUACUUCCCCACACUCUUCAUGGGUCCAUUCUUUCUGUACGAGGAUUUUCAUAAAGGCAUCAAUAGGCCCAACAAGUGGACGCUAAGUCGUCUGAUAAUUACUGCCCUAAAUUUACUGAGAUUUUCAUUCUGGAUCCUCUUCACCGAGAUCUUUGCUCACUUUUUAUACAUCACUGCGUUCAAGUACCAGCCGCAAGCAGUCGAGAAGUUCAACUCUUGGGCAUUCUUCGGGUUCGGCUACUGGAUGGGCCAGUACUUGUGCAAUAAAUAUGUAAUUUUCUACGGCCUUCCUGGAGAAUUCACUCGCGCUGAUAAUAUCAAUGCUCCGCCGCCUCCUAAAUGUAUUGGAAGAAUUUUUCUGUAUUCUGAACUGUGGAGAGAAUUUGAUCGCGGGCUUUAUUUAUUUCUUGUCAAAUACAUCUACAGCCCGAUCAUCAGCUACAAAUCAUCUCUAUCAAAAUUAUUCGCCUCAAUGUUGACGUUCUCCUUUGUCUACGUCUGGCAUGGACCUCGAGACUUUGUUCUGGUCUGGUCAGCUCUCAGCUUCUUUGGAGUGACUGUCGAACGCAUUGCCCGUUCCAUCGGAAAAUCUCCGGCUUAUAAUAAAAUAAUUAACAAAUAUUUGUCACCUCAAAUGAACAGAAGGUUGAAUUGUUAUCUGACAACUCAUUUAUUUAUCAUUACCGCUUCAGCUUCUUUUUAUUUUCUUGGGCGUAUGGAGAUCGGUAAUCUGUAUCUUUACCGAGCUUUCUGUGAUCCUCUGCCAGUAAUUAUAAUUCGAUCUCUUAUUAUUUACACCGGAUCCCAAAUUUCUGUGGAAAUUAAAAAUUAUUACAAGAAAAAAUUAUCUUAAUUUUUUAGAAUAUUUUUUAUAAUUUC